AUGAGAAAAACACAGCUCCAUCCCCACAUACAAAAACUUCAACCAUCACAUUCGCACUCCAAGCCUCCCUCACCGAGGCUCUGGGAACCCAACCAUCUGAUUCUGCGAGCUCACCGGAGGAAUAAUUUUGGUUGUCCAGCUUUUUUGGCAAGCACACCGCCUAGAAGUUUGUUUAUAUUGCGUGUUGGAUAUGCCAUAACUGGAAAAGGUAGAGAUCGAUCACGUGGCGUGAGCUAUGGUCGAGGGAGAUCUCAGAGCAAUGAUGAAGUUCGAAAUAGAGUACCCAUUGCUGCCAUAGAUCUUAGAGAUGAUGCAUUCUCAAGCUCAGAUGACUCAACCAAGCCACCUGAUGUCGUCCCGAGCACAGAACCAAAUGACAUGCCAGCAGUUGAUUCGCCACUAAGCACAAAUCUGUCUGUACCAUUUAGCCAGAAGCAUGGGCAAGGAGCAGCAAAGAGCACAAAGUUCGAAAAGGUGGAAAAGCAUGAAAAAAUACCCCUGAGGAUAAAGGAUGAGACUGUACUUUCUUGUGAAAACGCUACCUUGUUUACUACAAGGGUUACCUGGUUGGUCAAGCACCUUGUGGACUUGAGUCAUGCUACCUGGCAUAACGUACCAACUAUUGAGAAGGAAGAAUUGAUUACACGAGUUAAGGCUGACUUCAUCCUCGACUGGACCAAGAAGAACCAAUGUGAUAUGGUUACAAAGACACUAUGCAAACGAUUUAAUCAUAUUCGCUAUGAUUUACAUAGAACCUACAAGCAAUGCGAGAGCAAUGAAGAAGCACUUGUGAAUGUGCCACUGUUGGUGACACCAACCACUCGGGUAAAGUUAUGUGCUCGAUGUUCAAGUGAGGACUUUAAGCGGAUGUAUGAACAAAAUAAAAAUAAUAUGGAGAAGCAACAAAACAAUCACACGGCUAGACGAAGGUCAUUUGUGCGGCUAAUGGAGAUGAGGUCAGAGAAUGAGGAAGAUUUGGUUGAUUUCUUUAAAGAAGUCAGGUGGUCAAAGAAGAAUGAAAAAUUUGUGACUCCCAUGAUGGAAGAGAAAUAUAAUGAGAUGACAGCAAUAAUGAUGGCAGAGCUGGAGCCUGAGAAGAAGACUAAGGAGGCUGCAACAACAAUAUUUAAAGAAGUUUUGGGCCACGGGCCAGGGUAUGUAUGGGGUCUUGUCGAGAUGGUUAUUUCGAGUCAUCUAGACAAUCAACUAAUACCCGAAUAGCAGAAUUAACUGAACGUACAGAAAGAAGUGAGAAAGAAGCUGCACAUUAUAAGGCUUUACAUGAUGACUUACGAGCGAAUGUCAUACUAGUAAUGAAGAAACAAGUCGAGUACGACAAGUUUAUGGAGAGAUGAGUUAGAGAGGCAGAUCCUUGGAGAGUCUCAUAGAGACUCGGACCUACAUAGUCGGUUACUCAAUUUGAGGGUAACAAUUUUUUGUGAAUUUUGGUAAGGAGAUGAAAGUUAAAAUAAUAUAGUAACAAAAUGUCUCUCAUAUCUUCGGAGCCUCCUCUUUUGUACAUCAGUUACUAGUGUGGGAUAGUUAGUAUAUUUUUUGGUUGUGAGGAUAUUUCGUAGCUUCUGUCUGGUGAUUAUGUUGCUCUUGUCACCAACAUGCACAUUGGAAUAACUUGUUUCAUCAUUAUUCUCUUAAUUUUUUUUGUUUUGUCAAUGAAGUUGUUGAAUUAGAGAAAAUCACCUUGGGUGAGUGUAGCGGACUUGGUAUU